CUUGUCCUGUCCGUCUUCUUGGUGCUUACCUGGGUCCAGCGCCUGUCCUGUCUGAGUGAUCGCCCCUGCAGGUCCACAUGGCAUUUAGAGAUGUGGCUGUGGAUUUCUCUCAGGAGGAGUGGCGCCUACUGAGCCCUGCUCAGAGGUCCCUGUACAGAGAGGUGAUGUUGGAGAACUACAGCAACCUGGUGUCUCUGGGAAUUCCAGUUUCAAAACCAAAACUCAUCACCCAGCUGGAGCAAGAGAAAGAAACAUGGCGAGAAGAGAGGAAGUGCCCACAGGCUGCCGAUCAGGCACAGGCAAAGCUGGAACUCUGCCCUGGGUCUGUCUGCCCCCGGGAUCUCACCAAUCAGAAAUUCCCUGUGCAGUGUGUGCUGAGUGAUCGUGCACCAUGGAUCUUUACAUGCCUGUGUGCAAAACGACACGCCGAUGCAGGGGACGCCUGCCACGGGGCCCAGGAGAAGCAGCAGCGAGCCUCUGAUAGGAGCUCCUGCAGCGAUAAAUCAGAAGGUGGAGAGAGAGGUGCCAGGCCUUCAUCUAGAAGGACAAAGAAAAGGAGUUUGGGAGCCCUCUCCAGGUCAGCACUAAGGCAGCCAGUCAGCUCUCGGAAUGGUAUCAGACGGGUAGGGAUGGCGACCAGACCAGCGCAAGCUGGGAGCACCGAAGAACCCGAAAAGUUGUUGAAGCGAAUAGAAAUCUUGGGGUUUGGAACGGUCAGCUGUGGAGAGUGUGGGCUGGGCUUCCGCAAGAUGACAAACCUGCUUAGUCACCAGAGGAUCCAUUCAGGGGAGAAGCCGUAUGUGUGUGGGGUGUGUGAGAAGGGCUUCAGCCUAAAGAAGAGCCUUGCCAGACACCAGAAGGUGCACUCUGGGGAAAAACCCAUCGUGUGCAGAGAUUGCGGGCGAGGCUUUAACCGGAAGUCAACACUCAUCAUUCACGAGAGGACACACUCGGGAGAGAAGCCUUACGUGUGCAGGGAGUGUGGCAGAGGCUUUAGCCAGAAGUCAAACCUCAUCAUCCAUCGGCGGACACACUCAGGGGAGAAGCCUUACGUGUGCAGGGAGUGUGGCAAAGGCUUUAGCCAGAAGUCAGCAGUUGUGAGACACCAGAGGACGCACUUAGAGGAGAAGACCAUCGUGUGCAGUGACUGUGGCCUUGGCUUCAGCGACAGGUCCAACCUCAUCUCCCACCAGCGGACGCACUCAGGGGCCAAGCCUUACGUCUGUAAGGAGUGUGGGCGGUACUUCAGACAGAGGACAACCCUUGUCAAUCAUCAGAGGACUCACUCGAAGGAGAAGCCUUACGUGUGUGGUGUGUGUGGACACAGCUUCAGCCAGAAUUCAACUCUCAUCUCUCACAGGAGGACGCACACUGGGGAGAAGCCAUACGCGUGUGGGGUGUGUGGACGAGGCUUCAGUUUAAAGUCCCACCUCAACAGACACCUGAACAUCCACUCAGGGGAGAAGCCCAUCGUGUGCAAGGACUGUGGGCGAGGCUUCAGCCAGCAGUCGAACCUCGUCAGGCACCUGAGGACACACUCGGGAGAAAAGCCGUACGUGUGCCAAGACUGCGGGCGAGGCUUUAGGCACCAGGCCGGGCUCAUCAGACACAAGAGGAAGCAUUCAAGGGAGAAGCCGUACGUGUGCAGGCAGUGUGGACUGGGCUUUGCCAACAAGUCAGCUCUAAUCACACAUAAGCGGGCACACUGUGAAGAGAAGCCCUGUGUGUGGAGAGAGUGUGGCCAAGGCCUUAUCCAGAAGUCACACCUCGCCUUACAUCAGAUGACACAAGGGGAGAAGACUUACACAUGCAAGACCUGUGGACAGGGCUUUAAGCGAAGGUCUCACCUUAGCAGACACAGGAAUGAAAGGGCCCACCACAAACUGCCCCUGCAGCCCAACUUGGAAGCCUGUUUGGGGCAUUCAUCCGGGCCCUUCUAUUCCCUUUGAAAAUGAGGACGAUGGAAAAGUUCAUUGUCAGAAUUCUUACACUUCCGUGAAGCAGACCAAUGAACUUCAUAAGGCCUACGGAUAGUAACUCAGCCCACUUCCUUCCGGUCGCACAUUCUGUGGCCUGUUGUCUAGUAAACUUUGCUUCUUUACAAGUCUGCAACCUGA